AUGCCACCAAAAGCAUUACAAGAUUGUGGCAUUCCAAUAAAUAGAGAUGUUCCAAUCCAACCAUAUGAUAAUCCUUCUGUAACGACAACACUUAAUCAUUCAAAUUUAUUUAAUGCAAUGAUCUAUCCAUUUACAUGUACUGUUGUCUAUGGUGCAAUAUGGUAUCAAGGUGAAACAAAUGCUGGUUAUAAUACGGAUAAAUAUGCUUGUUCAUUUUCGAAAAUGAUUCAAUAUUGGAGACAAACAUGGAAUGAACGUGCAAAUGAUAUAACGGAUAUUUAUUUUCCAUUUGUUAUCAACAACUACGAAUUCAAUGUUCGUCCUCGAUAUAAACAUGAUGUAGGUUAUCGAUUAUCACGUUCUGGUCUUGCGGUUGCUUAUGGACAACAAGUUGAAUUUCAAGAUCCUAUUGUACAAAGUGUUGCUUAUGCAACUGAUAGUAGAACAGUGCAUAUAAUUUAUACUGGUGUAUCAAAUAUUGAAUUACGUAAUCCAAAUGGGUUUGAGGUUUGUUGUCAAGGAAGUCUUUGUUCAAAAGAUAAUUUAUGGAUUCCAGUGACAAUUUCAAAUGUAUGUUUAUUGUAA